GUGAAAGGGAAACAUAAGGGAUUGACUAUAUUCUAUGGCUAACGAAAGGGGGCCCAGAGGCUUGUAAAAAAACAUCAGUAGUACAUUCCUACAUGUGACUUUUCUGUAGCUUUGUUCUGAAUUGGGAAUAGCCCCAAUCUAGUCAGUAAUGGGAAUGAUCCAUUGUUUUCUGAAUGAAGUUGAAAAUGGCAAGUUCAUGAAGCUUUAACUAAAGCUGCACCUCCAUGUUGCUAAACAGAUUACUACUAGCCUAUGAACUCAAAUGAGGGCUGUAUCUCUUUUUUGGGAGCUGCUUUGAAAUCUCUUGAGUGAAAUGUACUAAGUAAAAUAUGUUAGCUUUUGUUAACAAAAACAGAUAAACAGUUUACAGAUUAUGUCAGGUGCACCAACAGGUGAAACCAACAGCCUUGCACUCUGCAAAAACCAUUGAAGACUUUCACAUGUGAACUGAACUUCAGGAUCUGUGAACUCUGGAGAGAAACUGACUGAACAUUCUUCACGGUCAGAAAGGAAAAGACGUGAUUCAUUCGGGAUGUUUGAUGGUUAUGAUAGCUGCAGUGAGGAUACCAGUAGUAGUUCCAGCUCUGAUGAGAGUGAAGAGGAAGUUGCUCCCUUACCCUCCAGUCUCCCAAUUAUAAAGAACAAUGGACAGGUCUACACAUACCCAGAUGGCAAGUCUGGCAUGGCUACCUGUGAAAUGUGUGGGAUGGUUGGUGUCAGAGAUGCCUUCUACUCCAAAACCAAACGUUUCUGCAGUGUUUCUUGCUCACGAAGUUACUCAUCGAACUCUAAGAAGGCCAGCAUUCUGGCCAGACUUCAGGUAACGGGAAAACCUCCAACUAAGAAGGCUAAAGUGCUACAGAAACAACCUUUAGUUGCUAAACUAGCUGCAUAUGCUCAAUACCAAGCAACGGUACAGAACCAAUCAAAGACUAAAACAGCUCCGGUUCCAUUGGAAGGUUUCAGCUGGGGCAACUACAUCAACAGCAAUAGUUUCUCAGCAGCUCCUGUUAACUGUUUCAAACAUGCACCCAUGGGGACUUGCUGGGGUGAUAUCUCAGAGGGUGUGCGUGUAGAAGUCCCUAACACAGACUGCAGCCUACCUACCAAAGUCUUCUGGAUUGCUGGGAUUGUGAAAUUAGCAGGUUACAAUGCUUUACUAAGAUAUGAAGGCUUUGAAGGUGAUUCAAGUCUUGACUUCUGGUGUAAUGUCUGUGGUCCUGAUAUCCAUCCAGUUGGUUGGUGUGCAACCAGUGGAAAACCUCUAGUGCCACCUCGAACCAUUCAACACAAAUACACAAACUGGAAAGCUUUUCUGGUGAAACGACUCACUGGUGCCAAAACUCUUCCUGCUGACUUCGCUCAGAAGGUGUCAGAAAGUAUGCAAUAUCCUUUCAAACCUUCUAUGAGAGUAGAAGUUGUGGAUAAAACGCAUCUCUGCCGAACACGGGUAGCAAUUGUAGACAGCGUAAUUGGAGGCCGGUUAAGAUUGGUAUAUGAAGAAAGCGAAGACAAAACAGAUGAUUUCUGGUGCCAUAUGUACAGCCCACUCAUCCAUCCCAUUGGUUGGUCUCGAAGUAUAGGACAUCGGUUCAAAAGAUCUGAUAUUGCCAAGAAGCAGGAUUCUCAUUUUGAUGCGCCCCCACAUCUAUUUGCUAAGGUAAAAGAAGCUGAUUCAAGUGGAGAAUGGUUCAAGGAGGGAAUGAAAUUGGAAGCCAUAGAUCCGUUAAACCUUUCUGCAAUAUGUGUGGCAACAAUUAGAAAGGUAUUAGCUGAUGGAUAUCUUAUGAUUGGAAUUGAUGGCUCUGAGGCAGCAGAUGGGUCUGACUGGUUUUGUUACCAUGCCACCUCCCCUUCUAUAUUCCCAGUUGGUUUCUGUGAAAUUAACAUGAUAGAACUAACUCCACCCCGAGGUUAUGCAAAACUACCUUUCAAAUGGUUUGACUACCUCAGGGAAAUGGGUUCAGUAGCAGCCCCUGUGAAGCUCUUUAACAAGGAAGUUCCAAACCAUGGGUUCCAUGUUGCAAUGAAACUGGAGGCUGUGGAUCUCAUGGAACCUCGGCUAGUAUGUGUAGCCACAGUAACUCGCAUUAUCCAUCGCCUGCUGAGGAUACAUUUUGAUGGCUGGGAAGAUGAAUAUGAUCAAUGGGUGGACUGUGAAUCUCCUGACCUCUAUCCUGUAGGGUGGUGUCAGUUAACUGGAUACCAACUACAGCCUCCUGCAUCACAAUCAUCGAGAGAGAGCCAGUCAAGUUCAUCAAAGCAGAAGAAAAAGUCUAAGUCACAGCAGUACAAAGGACACAAGAAAAAGAGGAAGAUACCAGUUGGGAAGAAGCCUGUCAGUUUGUCGAGCGUCCCCAUGACAGGUGGGGUACGGAGGAGUUUCUCUGGUGAUGAAGAGUUGACUCCUCCUCAGUAUCGAACCUUUCCAGCACAGACAGCCCCGGAGGCCUGCCAGCCUCCAAGGACUAGCAGAGAGUUCAGUCCCAGCCUCAAAACAGUAUCUUCACUGCAGAUGAAGGAGGAGUUGCUAGAUGGAGAAGAAUACAGCUUUCUUCAAGGAGCAUCUGAUCAGGAGAGCAAUGGGUCUGCCAGUCACUACAUCAAACAGGAGCCCUAAGGCAGUGGGGCAGGAUGGUACAAAGAGCCUUUCUUCAAGACUGAUGCUCAUUUUCUGAUUAUGCAGUUUGAUGGCUUCUACUUAAGGGCACUUUGCUAACUGCAGAUAAGAUUUCAAUUCAGAAUUUUUGGAGGAUGAGGAAACUAUUUUAGUGAAAAAGAUUUUUCAAUUUAUUAAAAAAAUUGACACUUUUGUGUUGUAUUUGAAGCUUUUAAAAGAAUUUUGUAAUAUUUUCAAGUUCAGAUUUAUUGUGCAUUGUUAAAAAUGAGAUUCUAAUUUUUUGGUAAGAAUUAAAAGCUUAAUUAGCAGAAUUGCAGGAAACCCUUUGAAGAAGAGGAGGUGGUAGUAUAGUUGAAAACACAAAUGAACUGUUGUAACUAGUGAACCUUCUGAUACAAGCUGGGAGAUCUGAAUUUAAAGCUACACUAGUCAUACCUUGUCUUUUCCAUAGUGAAAUCAUGAGACUCAAGUCAUAGGGUGGUGAAAACAUACCUAAAUAGGCUGAAAGAACUGAAUCUGAAAGGAGAUGCUCCUGAAAGUGACAACAUAAUGAUCAAGGACUGAAUUAAGAUUCAGGGGAGAUUCAAGCUCUGGUCCUAUCUCUUUUGAGGUCGGUGAGUGUUGGACUGGAUUCUGCUCUCUGCAUUCUGGUUUGCAUUUCAAAGUCUUUGGAUAUUCACGCUAAUGAUUGGCAAAGCUUCAAAAGGUUUCAGCUGCAGAGAUUAUAAAAUGGAGAAGAAUUUGAGACUUGGACUAUUUUCCUUGUGCAAGGAAAGGCAGGCAGCCUUGAAAGGCCCUCUUAUACCAAAACAUCAAUUAGCUUGUUUUCCAUCCUGUUGAAAGAUACAGCUGACAGAGACAAAUGCAGAGAAGGAGGACAGACAUCUACUUCUGGACACAGCAUUUUGCUUUCCCACCUGUUUGGAAGAGCUUUUUAACUUGUUACGGACUGAAUUGGCUGGCCCUAAAGAUGGCUUGGGCCUUGCUCUAGGCAUCACAUUUUAUUUUACUUGGCUGCUGAGAGCAUUUUAGAGCAAAAUGUUUUCAAGAGUUUGUAGUGACUGGUGUGGCAAGAAUGCUGAAUUGCCUGAAAUUUUUCCCCAGAGAGUUAAAUCUGUGUGGAUAUUAACAGACGGCUUCAUUCACAGAAUUUAACAUGUUGACAUUUCCACUCUGCGGUGUUGUGACAGGAUGAUGUGUGUCAAGAGUUUUGCUUUUACCAGUAAGGUUCAUUAACUAAACUCUCAGGAAUUAACUGCUUAUGUUCUGUAAGUGCUUCUGGGUCAUAGCAGGUCCUCUUUAGAGCAGUAUGACUUGUCAGAUUCUUGACUCUAGGCUAGGACUUAGAAAAAAUUAAUCCUAUAGAUUAACCUCUACAACCUUUAAGCCUGACACUUUACGACUAGCAACCCAUAAAGCCCCAGAGACAUUUUUUGGCAUAGAAAUGUUUUGAAAUUUUAAAAGCGCAUAGAAAGUUGAAAACCAGCAAUUUGAUUCUUUUCUUAAUUAUCUUGCUCUAUUGUUGGGUAUAUAUCAUUGGUGAUAUGCAAAGGUUUACCACAUUCUAUGCAAGAAGGGAUAAUGGUGUAAAAUUUUGUAGUAACUACUGGAAGUACAUUUUUUCUGUAUAGUAUGAGAACUGUUUCUAGUAUUUUUCCCCCCAUAUAGCUGGAUCGUUUUUUUUGACAACUGCUUCAUGUAUACAUAUUUCUAAAACUGAUUAUCAGGUGUCAAAUACUUGUAAAAUUAAAUGGCAAUGAGAUUUUGUCUCUAAAAAUGAUUAUGGACAUGAUCCAAAGGAAUGUGAGGAGAGAUCUGGACUGAGUUUGACAUUUCCCCCCAUUUCUGGACACAUUGCCCUCCUUUUCUUCCACAAACAUUGCAUUGCAGCUAUUUUUUAAAACUUGCCCAAUUUACAGCCGUUCAUAAUGCAGCACAAGGGAGCUGUUCUUGGGGCAGUGGGAGCAAAAAGCUGUAUUGCGCACACAAAAACAGGCUUUACUGGAUCACAACCAGUAUUUUCAAAAGUCAUAGUCAAGACCAUUUGGCCAGAAACUUAUUCCUUUUCCUACCUUUCUUCUCUCUUUUACUAUGUUUACUUAAUUCUCUCUUUAAAGCCAGUGCCUGCUAAGGAAAAGAUGACCCAUGUCAUCUAAUGAUCCAGCAUUUUGGAUGGAAUUACUUAAAAGGCAGGCAGAGUCCAGAGGAAACUGUAACCAAGAUAUGGUAGUGAUCCACUAUUCUUUCAAUUUGGAAGGGUGAUUCUAUCAGUCUUGCCCACACAUAAUAAAUGAUAUAUAAGCUAUGCAGGAGAAGUAGAAUCAAGUCUAGUUCUUAAGGGCCAGCGUGUCAUACAUACGCUCUCAUAGAGCCUGAUUCUGAAGGACUGAGUAGCCCUUGUACAAGUAUUUCUUCUGAUUUCAGUGGGGACCACAUGCAUACAUAAUACUGCUUAAUGUGAAAACUAAGUACAGAACAAGGCCCAUAACAGUUUUCUGACAUGAGGAGAAAGCCAGUGUGUGAAUUUAGAUUUGUGUAUAAAUAGAUUUGUGUAUGGUCAAAAAAUCUGAGCAAGCUUGAACCAACACACCCCACACCCUCCAGGUGGUUUCCACUUUUUUCCUGGCAGGUAUUUGUAUCAUUAACAGCUACAUGAUGUGAAGAAAUUUCACAAGGGCUGUUUUCUCCAUUACUGCAGUCAUACAUGGAAAUUUUCACCUGCUGAAUUUCUGCUAACCAUAUAGCUGCUAAGGGACAGAACCUUUGUCAGAAUAAAAGGAGGAAACCCUGCUUCUACCUCUGAAUAUGGCAGCUCUUGGAAAAUCCAUAACCAUUCUUGAUCCUUACCACAUCAGCCCAAAUAGUGAACCUGAAAGUCUCCAAAUAGCCAGCUGGACUUUGAGACCUGGGAUUUUGCUUCAGAGUAAAUAACCAUGAUUAGUGCUAUGUUGCUAAUCCUCAGGUUUUUGGAGGUAGGUAGUUCUGCAUAUUUAAAAGGAAAUGGCCCUUGUGGUGCAAAGUGAGUAGCAGUGUGUUGUGUCAUGUUGGUGGCAUUGCCACUUUUUCUAGACUUUUUCAAUUUCUGUCAGUGGGCCAGAUUUCACAUUCUGAUACAUGCAUAUGAGAGAAUCUUAAAUAGAGAAUCUCAAUGCCUAUUCUUACAAUUUCUUCUAAUUUAAAAUGCCAUGAAACUAUCUCGAAUGAAUACCUGUUGCAGAUUAGUUGCUUAGAAGUCAUUUUUGUUUCUUUAUCGUUGAUUCUGAGCAACAUUGACUUGUGGCCUCUUAACACAGCAAACAAUUGGAUGACAGUGAGCUUUCUUAGUACAGGUUUAAUUGCUUUGGUAUGCAUGCAUUUUGGUAUAACAUAGCUCUAAGAACAUUCUAUUUUAUUUUACUGUGAACUGAUUUAACACAAAAUGGGUUGGUGUGGCGAGAGGAGUUGGUCAGAGAGGAGUUGGUCAGAGGCUUGAGACAUAUAUUGAUACUAAGGGUCAGCUAAUAAUGUCAGUAUUUGGCACAUGGCAGGAUUUUUUCAAAAAAGGCGGCACCAGAGACAAGGUAGGUUACAUUGUUAAGUGCUCCUUCUUUUUUGCAGCUGACCCUUUCUUGUGUUGAUUUAAAUUUCCUUACUGAAUCUGAAAAUGAAAGCAGUUAUUGGCUUCUUUGUUCUAUCGAUACUAACACGGGUUUCAGUGUUUGUUUGUUUUUUAUUGUUGUCAAUUUUUAUGUGAUGUGAACACCCUCUCCCAUCUAUCUGUAUUAUGGUGCUAAUAUAUUUGGUUACAAUCCUUUAUUGGAAAAGGAUUAAAAACUGUGAUUAAAUUGAAUUUUUUCUUUUUAAUUUUCAUAUUUAAGUCGUUUCAGCCAUUUAUUAAAAAAAAAAUUUAAAAAAGCAUCAACUUUUGCCCCUGGGAAAAACAUAUUGGGGCAGAAGUUUUUUUUAAAAAAUGAAUAGGGUUUUUACAUAAUUUCUGUAUGUAUUUGAUAUAUAGACCAAUAUCUGUAUAAAUUUAAUCUUUUAUUUUCUUGGUAACUUGUGUGGUCAAAUGGGAGCGUUUUAAAACCUCUAAUAAAAUGUACAUAACUCAGUGAAAAAUGCUUUUGAAGAAAUUAAUGUUACUUUCAUUUUUACCAGACUGCAGAUUUUCAAGCAUGGCUGUGAAAAAGCAUUAAAAUUAUAACUUUGUGUACAAGAUGAAAAUAAUUCACUAAAUUUGCCUUUUUUUACACAAAAUAAAAAUGUUCAAGUAA